CAUAUCUCUUCGGUGAAAGAAUAUUCUCGCACGGCUCCGGCCUCUUCACAAGCCAUGCAUAGCCUAUCUCCUGGGCACUGCUUUGAGGAACAGCGUUUUUGUGAGAUCUGCCGGGCUCAAUUGAUCGAGUAAUCGAUCAACGUAAGUGGUCGUCGCCGACAACCGAACCGUUGGUCCUACCCUACAUGUGCAUCUUCAUGAUACAUCGAAAUAUUCUCUUGGCCUCGAUCGCAUACCUUAUCUUUUCAAUCUUAUAUAAUUAUUGAACAUCCCAGCUACCAAGGAGGCUCUACUUUCUUCCCAAAGCACGACAGAUAGCAUCCUCGUUUUCCUGUUUGCCUGAACGAUUGUCCGCUUAUACCUUAUGAGAUUCCAAUUCAAUAUCGCACACGACUGGAGAUCAGACCAACAUAAGUGUUGAAUCGCGAAAAUUCUUUGCCUAUCGAAUUCAACACACGAGUAAAGCUUCGGACACGACAUUAUUGCCAGAAUGUCCAACUUCAAGGAUGACAGUCCGGAUACUAUUGGUGCCGAGACCACGCCAAAGCGAUCUUUCUCGGAGAAAGGCCGUCGUUUAGUCAAAGCCUUCACCACUAAGGAAGGUCUUGUAGGAGACUACGACUAUGGAUUCCUGUUCAAGCCUCAGCUACCGUUCAUGAAGAGAGCACGACGAGCGGGCCCGUUCUUCGGUCUCAACGAUAAGAUGCCAGUGUUCCUUGCCCUGCUUCUAGGUUUCCAACAUGCGCUUGCCAUGCUUGCAGGCAUCAUUACACCUCCGAUCAUUCUCUCGGGCAGUGCCAACCUCAUUCAAGCAGAUCAGCAGUAUCUGGUAUCGGCAUGUCUCAUUAUGAGUGGUAUCCUAAGCAUCAUUCAGAUUUCGCGAUUUCACAUCUGGAAGUCACCUUAUUACCUCGGCACUGGUUUGAUCUCAGUUGUUGGAACAUCCUUUGCAACCAUCCCUGUUGCAACAGGUGCAUUCUCUCAGAUGUAUGCUACUGGCUUCUGUCCGUCAGACGCAAAUGGCAAUCCUCUACCUUGUCCCGAUGGAUACGGCGCUUUGAUCGCAACGUCUUGCGUCUGUGCACUUCUCGAGAUCUUUAUGUCGUUCACUCCACCAAAGAUCCUGAAGAAGAUAUUUCCACCCAUUGUUACUGGACCCACUGUCAUGCUGAUUGGUGUAUCACUGAUCAGCUCUGGUUUCGAGAACUGGGCUGGAGGCAGUGGCAGCUGCCAAUCUCGCCCUGAGACUGGCUUCUAUAGCCUUUGUCCUAACAUCAAUGCUCCUAGGCCACUUCCUUGGGGAAGUGCCGAAUUUGUGGGACUCGGGUUCCUUGUCUUCGUUACUAUCAUUUUCACCGAGCGGUUUGGCAGCCCGAUUAUGAAGUCGUGUGCUGUUGUCGUCGGUCUUCUAGUUGGCUGUAUCGUCGCUGCUGCAUGCGGCUACUUCGACCGUAGCGGUAUCGACGCUGCACCUGUCGCCAAUUUCAUCUGGGUCCGCACGUUCAAGCUCCAAGUUUAUGGCCCGCUUGUCUUACCACUACUAACAGUAUACAUCGUCUUGGCUAUGGAGGCUAUUGGCGACAUCACGGCAUCGUGUGAUGUUUCUCGCCUUCAGGUCGACGGGCCUAUGUUCAACAGUCGUAUCCAAGGCGGUGUUCUUGCAGAUGGCUUGAACGGCCUUAUUGCAGGUCUUUGCACUUUGACACCGAUGAGUGUGUUCGCACAAAACAACGGAAUCAUUGCUUUGACCCGAUGUGCCAAUCGCAAGGCUGGCUACGCAGCUUGCUUCUGGUUGCUGAUAAUGGGAAUAUUCAGCAAGUUUGCCGCUGCGCUGGUAGCUAUUCCCUCAGCCGUACUUGGUGGCAUGACGACUUUCUUGUUCGCGUCAGUUGCCACCAGCGGUAUCCGCAUCAUUUCGACCAUACCUUUCACCCGCCGUAACCGCUUCAUCCUGGCCGCAGCAUUGGCUCCUGGUUUCGGUGCCAUUCUCGUCCCUACGUGGUUCAGCUAUGUUUUCACAUACUCAGGCAGCAACCAAGCCUUGCAGGGCUUUUUUAAUGCCAUUGUGUUGGUGAUGGAGGAAGGUUUUGCCCUUGCCGCUUUCAUUGCUCUGAUACUCAACUUGAUGUUGCCUGAAGAGAUGGAGGACGAAGAAAUACCCGAGCUGACUGCCAACACCAUCGAUGCACCAGCCGACGAGGAGGAGUGGCGUCACAUCAGAAGGGAAGAUGAGAGCGAGAAAAUCGCACCCGUCAAGGCUUGAGACGGAAUACCAUAUCGGAUAGAUUGAGUGUACAAUUUCCGUGUUUAUGAUAGAACGAUCGAAGACACACAAACGUUUGGAUAGAAGUCGUGGUAGGAAAAGCUUGCUUCAUUGUCAUACUUCAGACUCGAUUUUGUGAUCAGAAACAAGAUGAAUGACGACUGGG